UUCAUUCAUCCACCGCCUCAUAGUGUCUCCUUUUACAUGGCAAUUCUUCUAGGUCCUCCUGAGAUCUAUAACCCCGGCCAACCUCUCAGUCACGUGGCGGUUCUUCCAGGUCCUCCGCCUGAGAUCCCUAACUCGACCCACAGCCACGAUGCCACGUCAUCAUCCACCGCUGGCGGCGACGACGAUCCUUUCAUGGAUCUAGUGGCGGCUGAUUACGACGGUCCUGCUUUCACGGGUCCAGGUCCUCCUUUGAUAGAUCCAGACGGUCCUCCUUUGAUAGAUCCAGCGUGGCAUGUUUACGUUCCUUUCAUGGAUCGAGUGGUGGCUGAUUUUAACGAAAUCCAAAUACUGCCUCAUCAAAACAUGGGCUUCACAGAGAAUAAUUCUGCCACCUUCAUCUCCACCGGCGAUCCCUGUCUUGAUUUCUUCUUUCAUAUUGUUCCUGAUACUCCCUCUUCUUCUCUGGUACAGAGGCUCCAGUUGGCUUGGUCACAUAACCCCUUGACUACCCUCAAGCUCGUUUGUAAUCUUCGAGGUGUUCGAGGGACAGGAAAGUCUGACAAGGAAGGGUUUUAUGCAGCCGCGUUAUGGCUUUACACCAAUCAUCCCAGAACCCUAGCAAUCAACGUCCCUUCUUUUGCUGAGUUUGGCUUCUUCAAGGAUCUGCCUGAGAUUCUUUAUAGAAUCUUGGAAGGUCUCGACGUGCGGAAGAUUCAGAAACAAGAAUGGCAGAAAAGAAAAGGACGCAAAAAGUAUAACAUGAAACCUCGAAGGGGAAAGGACAAGAAAAAAUUGUCCAAAAACAUACGGAUUCCAGAAGUGAACCGGAAAGAGAUGGCUCAUGCAGAAAGAGAAGAAAAGAGAAUAGCCAUGGCUAAGAAAGUAUUACAAAGAUAUCAGAAUGAUGCUAACUUCUGCUUACUAUACGAUCACAUCUCAGAUCAUUUUGCUGAAUGUUUGAAGGAAGAUAUAGAGUUUCUCAAACGUGAAGAACCAGUAAAGAUCAGUCUCGCAGCCAAAUGGUGUCCAUCCAUUGAUUCCUCCUUUGAUCGUUCUACACUGCUUUGUGAAAGCAUUGCAAGGAGGAUUUUCCCACGAGAAUCCUAUCCGGAAUAUGAAGGGAUUGCGGAAGCCCACUAUGCUUAUAGGAUUCGGGAGCGUCUGAGAAAGGAAAUUUUGGUGCCACUAAGGAAAGCGUUGGAAUUGCCAGAAGUAUAUAUUGGUGCAAAUCAGUGGGGCUCAUUACCAUACAAUAGGGUAGCCUCAGUGGCCAUGAAAUUCUACACAGACAAAUUUAUGAAACACGAUGAAGAAAGAUUUACCAAAUACCUAGAAGAUGUCAAAUCAGGCAAGUCCACUAUAGCAGCCGGUGCUUUGCUUCCCCAUGAGAUCAUAAGAUCGUUGGAUUAUGAUGAAGAUAAUGAACAAGUAGCAGAGCUUCAAUGGAAGAGAAUGGUGGAUGACUUACUAAAGAAAGGUAAGCUAAGAAGCAGUUUGGCCAUCUGUGAUGUUUCAGGAAGCAUGACUGGAAUUCCAAUGGAGGUAUCAGUGGCAAUGGGGUUAUUGGUAUCUGAAACGAGUGAAAAGCCAUGGAAAGGGAAGGUCAUUACAUUUAGUGCGAACCCAGAAUUGCAUGUGAUAAAAGGGAAGGAUCUAAAGUCCAAGAUGGAGUUCGUGAAAGGAAUGGAAUGGGGAGCAAAUACUGAUUUUCAGAAGGUGUUCGACGUAAUUCUAAAGGUAGCAGUGAAAGCAAAUCUCAAGGAGGAUCAAAUGAUCAAGAGGGUAUUUGUUUUCAGCGACAUGGAAUUUGAUCAAGCUUCUUGCAAUCCUUGGGAAACCGAUUAUGAAGUAAUCAAAAGAAAGUACAGAGAAAAGGGGUUUGGAUCUGCAGUGCCUCAGAUAGUUUUUUGGAAUCUCAGAAAUUCUAGGGCAACCCCAGUGGCUAGUAAUCAAGAUGGAGUAGCAUUAGUAAGUGGGUUUUCUAAGAAUCUGCUUCAAAUGUUCUUAGAUAAUGAUGGGGCCAUUAACCCCCAAGCUGUCAUGGAAGCUGCAAUUGCUGGCAAAGAAUAUGAUAGAUUACGUUUGUUGGAUUAACUCGGUUGUAAAAU